GUCUGGACAGUUAGUCUACAAUUAUUGGUCCUGAAGGACAGCUUUUUCAAAGUGUGAGAAAAAGCAAAGAGCAAACAAACCUGCAAUGAGCCCCCUAAAUUCAACCUUUUUUAAUGCCACUAUUGUGCAUCCUGAGUACUUUUUCAUAAGUGGUUUGUCCGGUAUUCCCCACACAAAAUACUACUAUGUGUUCUUGUGCUUUGUUUAUACUCUGUCUGUUCUGGGAAACACUUUUGUCAUGUUUGUGAUUUACACCGACCACUGUCUUCACAGUCCGAAAUACAUUGCAGUGUUUAAUUUGGCUGUGUCUGACUUGUGUGUGAGCACAGCAAUCGUUCCUCCAUUGAUUGACACCUUCCUGUUUAAAUCACAGUUAAUCUCUUACGAGGCCUGCUUGACUAAUAUGUUUUUUGUUUUUUGGUUUCUCUUCAUGCAGUCUUUCAGUCUCACUGUUCUGUCUUAUGAUAGAUUAGUUGCUAUAUGCUUUCCACUGAGAUACAAUGAGAUUGUGACUAAUAAAUCAAUGCUGGUGAUCACAACCAUAUUAUGGAUUAUUGCAGGAUUGGCUGUUCUCAUAGCUGUGAUUUUUAUCAGCAGACUGUCAUUUUGCAAAUCCACUGUGAUAAACAGCUAUUUCUGUGAUCACGGACCCAUGUUCAGGUUGGGGUGCAAUGACAACACUCCAAGUUAUGUGAUGAGUUGGACACAUGCUAUUAUUAUUCACUGGUUUCCGGUACUUUUUAUCAUGGGUACAUACAUUUGUAUAGCCAGAGCAUUAUUGAAGAUAGCAGUGGCCCUUGAGCGCCUCAAAGCCAUGCAGACCUGCACCUCCCAUUUGAUCUUGGUGAGUGUAUUUUAUCUUCCUGUAUGUAUUAAUGCUGCGAUGGGUUCCAUUCACCCAAACAUUAGGAUCUUUAGUACGUCGCUGGCAUUGGUCUUGCCGCCUAUGCUUAAUCCAAUAAUUUAUUCACUGAAGACAGAAGAAUUCACAGAAUCCAUUAAAAAUUUUUACAGUAGAAAAAUAUUUGUCACUGUAAGGAAUAAAUGAAUAAAUACCUUAAUCACAAAUGACUGACUGACAAGUUUAACCAUGGUCAUUUUU